UAUGACUCACUAACAUAAUGGAUUUACUUGGACUUAAACUUUCUCUACUGUAAAAACAAAAAACAAUUGCUAAAGCCUUGUCUAAACAGUUACUCCAAAUCAAGGACCUGUUUAUUUAAAAAUUGAUACAGAGAGAGAAUUUCAACAUAGUAGUGAUUUAGGAUGGAAUUGGCACAAAAGUUGGAACAUACCAAAUAUUUCUGUUAAAUUCACCCUAAAAAAUGAUGAAUAUACAUAAUGGAUGAAUUGUUAGGUAAUUAAAAAAGAAAUCUAUUUUUAGGUACAACUUAAGGCAGUCAAAGAACUGUAAGCUGAUCUAUUUGAAGAAGUGGGAUUAGAUGGAACAACUCUCUAUGAAUUAAUAGAUGGCAAGGCAUUUUUCACAGUAAUUUCAUUAAAUGACUAUAGGGUGUAAAAUUUAAUAGUACAACUUAUAAUCACUAAGGCCAUAAAUUUCAAUUAAUUUUAAUAAUUAAAGAGAGAGAGAACAUAAUUCUUUCAUUACAGUCAUCAUCGAUUUUUGUUGACAGUAGAAGAAGUGCACGUGAUGAACAUAGAUAAAUUCAAUAUAUCUAACCAUUUGAACCUUCAUACUUAGAACGCAAUUUCUGUAAGAAAGAAAAGUGUUAAAAUGAUAUUGUUGAUGCACCAAUUGAAAAUAACGAAAAUGGAUUAUAUAAUUAUUUAACUGCUCCAAAUAUCAGAAAUAAAGUAAAAAUAUAACUAUUCUUAAAGAUUAAGCAUCCGUUAUUUCUAGCAUUAAAGUUUUCAAGAUGUUUCAACAUUUACUAUAUGAAUAAUUCCGAGGUUCAAAAUCAUUUAGUUGAACUAUAGAAACAACUCUUUUCGAAAUCUCAAAUGUCAUAAUAUCUAUUAGUUUUUUAAUCAAACAAUAAUAGAAUUAAGAGAAAGGUAUACUAUAUUUUACAUCAAUUUAGAUAGAGGAUUCCUUAAAUUAGUUAUUUGGAUAAAGCAAAAUCUAAGUAGUUGAAAAGAAACAUCUUAAUUAACUCAUUCACCAUAAAUUAGAAUUCAAUCUCGAAGAUUAUAAAGAUUCUUAUAAUUAAUUAAUCCAUUUAAUGAAUUAGUUUAAAUAACAUUCAGAAUUUCAUUCUUAACAUCCAAAACAAAAAGUACAGUCUAUUGAAAUUGAACCUUAAUCCUAACCAUUAAUUAAAUUACCCUUCAAUCAUUUGGAUAGAAAAUCAGCCUUUACAAAAUACAAAGAUUUCGAUAAAUUACCUACCAAAAAUUUUGAAGAUGAAAAAUUAGAAUAAUAAUAAAGAUAAGAGAAGUUUAAUAAUCUUCAAGAUAUGGAAAAUUAUGAAAAAAUUCAAAAAAUAGUUAAGAUAUAGGAGAAAAAUAAUAAUUAUUAAUAAUAAUAUUAAUUUUCAUAAUCAUAAAUUGCAUCCAAUUAUUAUAUCAACUAAUAUCAUAAUUUAAAUUCUAAUGUAAAUAAAUUAAUUUAUUUAGUUUUCCAUGCUUUUUGAAUAAAAAUUAUAAGAAUAACUAUUAUAAUUUUAUAUGAUUCAGUAAUAGUUAUUACUUCUAUAAAUGCCUUCGUAUGUGUGA